AAUAGUGAGAAGAGAAUAGCUAAAAAAAGGAUAGGUAGGAGGAAAGACAGAACAGAUGUUACAUGUUACUACGUUGUUGGCCACAUCGGAAGAACCUCAAAUCAAAAUUAGAUCGAUCGAACGAAGGAGAGGUUGAUUUCACAAACAGUGUGUGUGUGGAGAAGAGAGCUAUGUCAAUGUCAAUGUUAAUUGUCUUCCUCUUCUUCUUCUCGUUCUUCUUCUCAACCUCUGGGGCUCUCGGGCUGACCAUACCACCCUCCGGCACCAAGUGCGUUUCUGAAGAAAUCCAUAACAACGUCGUCGUUUUGGGCGAUUACGCUGUCGUCACCACUGGGAAUGAUCAUUCCCAUAACUCCACCAUUUCCGUCAAGGUCACAUCACCAUAUGGAAACAAUCUUCAUCAUAUGGAGAACAUAUCAAUUGGUAAUUUCGCCUUUACAACUCGAGAAAGUGGAAACUACUUAGCAUGUUUCUGGCUGGGUCAUAAUGAACGAGGUGGAGACGUUAGUGUGAACCUUGAUUGGAAAACUGGAAUUGCAGCCAAGGAUUGGGAUUCGGUUGCUAAAAAGGAGAAGAUUGAGGGAAUAGAGCUUCAGUUGAGAAAGCUAGAAGGAACAGUGGAGGCUGUCCACGAGAAUUUGAUCUUUCUGAGGGGCAGGGAAGCAGAGAUAAGGAACGUGAGUGAGUCCACAAAUGCCAGAGUGGCGUGGUUUAGUUUUAUGUCCUUGGGUGUCUGCAUUGCAGUUUCAGUUCUGCAGUUGUGGCAUUUGAAGCGAUACUUCCACAAGAAAAAGCUUAUUUAGAUGGUGCUAGUGAUGAUUCAUAUAUUUAUUUAUUUAUUUUUGGUUACAAUGCUACUGCUGAUUUAAUUUUAAAGAAGGAAUUUUAUAACUUAGGCAUUUUUAUGAGCUUUGCGUCCUUAGUAAGGAAUUAUAUUUGGAGUAAUUGAUCUUUAUUCCAAACCAUUCGUUGACCGUAGUCAACAUUCUAAGGAA